CUGAAAUUUUUGGGAAGAAAGCUUGUCAAUUUGCUCUGGUCAAUUUAUGUGGAAAGAAGUUCCGAUUCACUUGCCCAUCCCCCAACCAAUGCAAACAUAUCCCGUUACACAGCAAGCAUGAAUAUGUAUAUCUCUCUCCCUGUCUAUCCAGCUAGGUGAAACUUAUCUUCCAUGUAUCACGGGUCAGGCUAGCGUACGCACCUACUUCCCCUCACAAUCUCAUGUGAACCCCACUGCUUCGUCAAAAAGGAAAUGGCCAUAUCUUACCUAAGCAAGAGGGUUGGGUGCAGAUCGAUGCAAUUAAGAUGAAAUGAACCCAAUUCGCUGCGGUAUACGUUCAAAGUUUUUAACAGCGGGUGAAUGUAAGCUACCAUGCACCCUGCAGGGGGAAGAACAUGAAUAAAGAAAAUAAAGCGAAAAAAAAAAAGAAAAGGAAAGGCUGGAAUUAGCCAGCUUUUAUUUCCGUAUAGAUAGCCCCACGGCUUGGGUAAAUAGUAGGGAUUGAAUCCAAAAGUAGAUAUUAAUAUUUGAGCAGUGUUUUUGUCAGAACCACAUAAUCCAAAAGGAUUCAUAAACAGAGAUUUGUCUGCAUGCACUUUAAUCCUUAAUUGAGGUCAUAUAUUCCAAUAAACCUAGCUACCAUCCACCCCUCCCGCAGGCUGACCCCCAGAUCCCCAACCCCCCCUCCCCUGUUUCCUUUCGUCCCUAGCCACAUACUACUAGUUAUAUUAAACGUAUUGGCCGGCAACACAACCCCACCUCAACCAAUUCAAGAAGAAGAAGAAGAAGAAAGAAGAAAGAUGAAUAGUUCUUCUGCCCAGUCGCAUGAAGAUGAUGAACAACUACAGUAUGGCAGCAAAUUCAAAACCCACAAGCAUUACAUUCUUCUUCUGGCCAUCAACUAUUUAUUUCUCUUCGUGGGCUCUGUCUCCUCCAGCCUGCUCUGUAAGUACUAUUUUGUCCACAAAGGCUCCAGCCUUUGGGUCUCCACAUGGGUCCAAUCUGCCGGCUUCCCUGUCUUGGCCCUCCCCAUUUACCUCCCUUACUUCCUCAAAUGCACGAACAGACGACCCUUCUCUCGCUUCACUCCCAACUUCUUAGCUCUCUCCCUCUUCGUCGGCAUCAUGCUUGGCCUCAACAACUUCCUCUUCUCCCUCGGAAGCUUCUAUCUCCCCCUCUCCACUUCCUCCCUCCUCCUCUCCUCCCAACUCGCCUUCACUCUCCUCCUCUCCGCCCUCAUCGUCAAGCAGAAGAUCACGUUCUCAAACCUCAACUGUGUCAUCCUCUUGACCUCAAGUGCCAUCCUCCUCGGCUUGAUCACCAGCAACGACCGCCCUGCGGGCCUAACUCAUGCGAAAUACUUGAAGGGGUUGUUUUCCACUGUUGGCGCAGGGCUCUUGUUCGCGCUGUAUCUGCCCGUGAUGGAGAAGGUUUACCGGACGGUUUACUGCUACGCGAUGGUGGUGGAGAUGCAGUUGGUGAUGCAGGUGGCGGCGACUGUGUUUGCGUCGGUGGGAAUGGCGGUGGACGGCGGGUUUCACGAGAUGGUGGAGGAGAGCCGGAGAGUUUUUGAUAAAGGAGAGACGGUGUAUUGGGUGGUAUUGGUGUCUAACGUCAUAACAUGGCAGAUGUGCUUUCUGGGGACAGCGGGGAUGGUGUUUCUGACCACAGGCAUAACCGGAGGGAUUUGCAUGACGGCGCUGACAGGCAUGAACGUGGUGGCGGGAGUGGUAGCGUUCAAGGAUCAGUUCGGCGGCGUGAAGGCGAUGGCCACCGUGCUGUGCGGUUGGGGUUUCUGCUCCUAUGUGUAUGGGAUGUACGUGAAGAUGAAGGAAGAACGUGUGAAGGAAAACAUGAAGAUGAUGAUAAGUGAACAUUCGGUUCCGGCGAUGGAGAUGUCGCGGGUAGCAGUAGAUGGACCUUGAACUUGAACUAUCAUACACGCAAGGGGUAGAUAGGACUGGAGGAGGUUAUAGAAAAAAUCCUAAUAAAAUCCUUUUUGAUUUCUUUUCAUGUUUUUCCUUGUUUCGAUGGAUGGAAUAUUGGAUGCUAUGCAUUAUAUGGUAAAAAAUAAUUUAUUGUAACCAUCUAUUGUGCCAAUAUAUUAAUCCUUGAUGGUUCGGAAUCUUA